AUGCUGCUGACGAAGAGCUCAACCCUGCCAGAAAGCAAGAGCUGGAAUUUUGGCCGACUUUCAACACCUAUCUACGUCAUUUCCUCCUUGUACUCUCUUCUGGUUGUCAUAGUUGCCCUGAUCCCCCAGGUCCACCCGGUUACAACGCUGACCAUGAACUACACGAGCUUGAUAAUGGGAGUCUUUGGUACUGCCAUGACAGUGGCAUGGUUCUCCGAGGGCCGAAGGCUUUUCUCGCCACCGACGUAUCACGAGAUUGGGUUGACUGUCAUGGAUGGCUUAUCGUUCAGCGAAGGACAGGACGAGGAAACUGGAGAGAAACGUGGAGGGCAAGUAAAGGUUGGAGAUGGACAGCAAUUUGUCAGCGAGGCAAUGACGUGA